AUGAUUUCUGUUGGAAGUAGGGAUGGGAGGGAGGGGAUGGGGUUAGGUAUUCGUGUUGCAAGAGAGAUGGACGAGACUGGGCUCGAAGAAGGAGAGGCUUGCAGUUAUGUGAAGGAUGAUGAUUCAACCAUUGACCUCGAUGUUGCUCUCUCUUAUCUCGAUGAGAAGCUUCAAGAUGUUUUAGGACAUUUCCAAAAAGAUUUUGAAGGUGGAGUUUCAGCUGAGAAUUUGGGGGCAAAAUUUGGAGGGUAUGGUUCAUUUUUACCUGCGUAUCAGCGGUCGCCUGUCUGGUCUAAUCCAGGGACUUCGCCGAAAGUUCAUAUCCACAAAGCACCCAGAUCCCCAAAUAUUUUGCAACUGGAGGGUGUUCGCCAUAACUCUGUUGUUUCAUCAACUGGAUCUGUAUCGGCAACACAUGGACCGGCUUCUGUAAAUGUUAUUGCAAAAUGUGAACCUGUCAACAAAUCUGCUAACCCUUCUGACCAGAAAACUCUCAAGUUUCGAAUCAAAAUGUGUUCUGAUAAUUUUCCCACGAGAAAAAAUGCCGAAAUCUAUAGUGGACUUGGCCUUGAUAUAUCUCCAUCUUCUUCGUUGGAUGGUAGCCCCAUAGAUACUGAAGGGUUGGCACAUGAGCCUCGAAAUGACCCAGAUGAAUCUCCUUCUACUAUACUUCAGAUUAUGACAUCAUUUCCAGUUCUUGGGGGCCUGCUGUUGUCCCCUCUUCCUGAUGAUCUCAUUGAAUUGACUAAAAUGGGAAAACUUCAGGGGGAGAGUAGAUCUGGAUUUGUGCACAAGGGAAGCCAACAAAAUUCUGUGAUCUUGGUGAAUAGUUCAGAUUCUGCAAGCAGCGAUCGAAGAGUUUCAGGAGAUAAAAAAUCAAAAUCAUUUGACAAAAAUGCCAGCUCAAUGGAAUUGAAGAACAGCAGUGUUAAUGAUACUCGAAAUGCUGUUGAUGUUCCGCUAAAGAAGGAAGCAGAAACCGACAAAUUGGAUUGUGAGGAACUUGCUUCUAAUGCAAAUAUUCCGCUUCUAUACAGUUCAUAUUGUAAUGGUGUUGACUUUGGAAAAGGUACUGCUAGGGCCAUUGAUAUCUCAAGGGUAGCCAAUAGAGGAGGGUUGACUGACAAAUCCUUUUUUGAUCUAGCAGAAGAAAAACCCUUGGAACCAGUAUCUACCCAAGAGAUUAACCUGCCUGAGAAGUUCAAUGGAAAGGUUAAUGCAGAUGGAAAGAAUUUGCAAAAUAAGAAGGCAAGUUUUCAGAAUGAUGAUUCAGUUCACCCUAGGAAAGAAGGCAAUCCCAAAGCAGAAAAAAGUGAUAUAUCAGUUAAAGCUGACUCAAAUAUCUCUAAGAGGAGAAAAUCUCAAAACAGUGAACUCAUUGAUCCUCAAAAACAGAAGGCUGGUCAAAAAGAUAUAGUUCGUGAAGAGAAUGUUAUGAAACUGACUCCUGGAAAGGAGCAGUCAUCUUCUGGGGGUAAAAAGAAAUCAAAAGGAAGUCUGGGUCAUGGUGCUGAAGGUGCCGAGGUUCCAAAAAAUGAUUUGAGGAUUGGUGCUUCAUUAGUGCACAAGAAUAGGAAGAGCACUCAUACUGAUGCUUACUUUUCUAAAAGUGAACUGGAAUAUCUCAGAAAAGAUUACCGAAAGUCCAGUGACAGAUAUAAAGUUUUCUUUGGGGACCUAGAAUUAGAACAGGGAGAUAAUGAGAUGGCUUUGGAGGAAAUGUCUUCAUCAGACAGGCUGAAGCACUCUGAGGUGGUUGAGAAAAGCAGAGUUGAAUUUAACAGCACUUCAAAAGAUAGACUAAAUGGUGAAAAAAUUAGCAAACCAUCUACAUCAGAGGUGUGUCCAAAAGAAGCUUCAAAUGUGGCUCCUCUCACCGGAAAUGGGCCCAUUGCUGAUUCAGCUCCUGCAACGGGGGCUCCUCUGGUCAAUGAAGAUUGGGUCUGUUGUGACAAGUGCCAGAAAUGGAGGCUUCUUCCUCUUGGUACAAAUCCUGACAGCCUUCCCGAGAAGUGGCUGUGUAGCAUGCUUAACUGGCUGCCUGGAAAGAACCGUUGUAAUGUGAGUGAAGAAGAGACAACAAAGGCUGUAAUCGGCCUUCACCAAGUCCCUGCUUCUGCUUCUGAGAAUCAAAUUACUCAGCAAGCUCAUCCUGCCGGGGUUUUAUCAGGAGCAUCCUGGGCUGAUGCUCGGAAUUUUGACCAGAGCCACCAAAAUCUUGGUUUAGAUUCUUUGCCCACUGGUGGAAAGAAGAAACAUGGAUUAAAAGAUGUAACGAAAUCAACUAUCAGAGAUGGCACCACAGAGUGUUCAAACUCCACGAAGAAGAUCCUUCAAGAUUCUGUUGAAAGUCGAAGCUUAAACGGUGUGACCCUCUCUCCUCUUUUGAAUGAAUUUGGCUCUCAGCAUUUGGGCCAGUCUAGUAGCUUGGAGGGACAAAGACAGAAGCAGAAAGGGAAAAAUAAACAACUUGAAAACUAUUCUGAUGGAGGUAAUUCAAAGAACUCAAAGAAUAGAAACAAGAGGGAGACUGAGAAAGAUUGUUUUGAAACUUCUAAGAAAGUCAAAAAAGAUAGUGGUGGAGAUGUUUCGAAGGGGGGUCGCGGCUUAAGCAGUGGUUUGUUAUUUAAUGUGUCGUUGAAGGAUCAGCACAAGUAUAAUGACCAUUCUAAGGCCUCAAAGAGUGGUGCAGAUGAAAACUUACUACUUUCUGUAACAAAUCCAGAAGACCAAAUUCAGAUGGCAUCGGAUGAGGGUUCUCUGCAUGUGGGAAAAUAUAAUGGCAAAGAUGCAUUGAAGAAGAGAAAAGUAAAUGAAUGUCAGGAAACGACUAUUGCAGGGCAUCAUCUCCAGGACAGCAGGGAUUUUAUGGAAGGAACCAAUGAAAAUGACCAUAGGAAGGACAAGAAAGCAAGGGUAUCCAAGUCUGAGGGGAAAGAAACCAGCAUAAGCAAAGGCACUGGUAAAACAGACAAAAAGGGUAGAAGGAUGAAGGACCAACAACUGGGGUCCUAUAAAAGGGACCUGGAAUCAGCUGCCACUUCAAGCUCUUCUAAAGUUUCUGGCUCUCAUAAAAAGAAGGCCAAUCUCCAUGAAGUGAAGGGCUCACCUGUAGAAUCAGUUUCUUCAUCUCCUCUGAGAAUGUUGAAACUAGAUAAAUUUACAUCCUCAAGAGGAAAUCUGGAGGGAAAAGAUGAUUCUCGGGAUGCUGGGUUUUUUGCCACUGCUAGUCCAAGAUGUUCACAUGGAGAAAAUGAGGGGGGAAAUGGAUCAGGAAUUGUCAGGAAGGCUGAAACUUUCACUGCCAUCCAUUGUGGGUCCCUAGGGUCCUCUGUGCUUGAUUUUCAUAACAGGGAUUUUAGUUGUGCAUCAGUUAGUAAAGCUAAGACAGAAAUUGUAUUUUCUCCUGAAUUUGCAACUCACCAUAUUUCUAACGGUGAUCCCGAUACCUUCAGCCAAGCUACUCAAUACGGUAGCAAGCCACAGAAUUCAGAUCAAUGCCGCAAUGAAGAGAUGGGGAAUGGCAAUCACUAUCAUGCUAAUGGGUCUCGUUCAAGAAAGUCGGCGAAGGGUUCUUCUUCACGGUCAAAAGACAAGAGUCGAGGUUUCAGAUCUCAGUUUGACAAGGGUAAGGUCAAGACUUCUAAAUCUUCUAAUGAAUAUAUAGAUAACAUACCCUCCCAUGAGGAAAAAUUGAAGGAUGAAAGAAACAAGUGUCCAGAGAAAUUUGGGACUGGUUCAGAUAAGAUUGAAAAGAAUUUGAUCUCUAAGAAAGAUUCUACUGGAAAACUGUUUAGUGGGGGCGAUAAAAGACAGAAUCAGUCAGAAUUUGGAGGGCAUGUUGGUUCAAAUGUUAUUGUCAGCCAGGAUCUUAAGCAGAAUCUGUUUGACCAUGAUAGUGAAAGAUCUUCAAAGAGGUUCCCUUCUGAUCAAACAGGACAGUUGUUAGUCUCUGGGGGAGGGAAGUCACACUCAUUGCCACCUUCUGGUAGAGGUCAAAUUGAGACCGUGAAACGUUGUCCUCAACCAAUUCCUGGAUCUCAGAAAGAAAAUGGCACAAUUGUUUUGUCUGUUCAUGCUUCUGAAGGUGAUGAUGCAUUGAAGGCACCAAAACAGAUUAAGAAAGCUGAGAACCAGAAUGGAAUCCAUCCCAGUAAUUCACGGAAUACCACACCCAAUGGGAACAAGGUCAGGGAUCUUGAUGCCCCAAGUCCUCUUCGAAGAGAUUUCUCUAGUCAGGGAGCUACUAAUGCUGUAAAAGAGGCGAAGGAUCUUAAACAUCUAGCUGAUCGUCUUAAGAAUUCUGGAUCAAACGUUGAAAGUACAGGUCUUUAUUUUCAAGCAGCACUCAAGUUUCUCCAUGGAGCUUCUUUAUUGGAAUCUUGCAACAGUGAGAGUACCAAGCAUGGUGAGAUGAUUCAGUCGAUCCAAAUGUAUAGUAGCACCGCAAAACUCUGCGAGUUUUGUGCCCAUGAAUAUGAGAAAUCCAAAGAUAUGGCUGCUGCAGCUCUGGCCUACAAAUGCAUGGAGGUGGCCUAUAUGAGAGUAAUUUAUUCCUCACAUACCAUUGCUAGCAGGGAUCGGCAUGAGUUGCAAACAGCUCUACAAACAGUUCCUCCAGGUGAGUCUCCUUCUUCCUCCGCGUCCGAUAUUGAUAACUUGAACCCAGGAACUGUGGACAAGGUUGCUGCAGCCAAGGGUGUUACUUCUCCUCCAGUUGCUGGAAAUCAUGUCAUUGCUGCACAAAACCGUGCCAGCUUUGUACGGCUUCUCAACUUUACGCAGGACGUCAAUUUUGCAAUGGAAGCCUCCAGGAAAUCACUAAUUUCUUUUGCAACUGCAAAGUCUAGAAUGCAAGAGGCCCAGUAUAAAGAGGGCAUCUCCUCCGUUAAAAGGGCUCUUGAUUUCAAUUUCCAAGAUGUUGAGGGAUUACUGCGUCUGGUACGACUUGCUAUGGAAGUCAUUAGCCAUUGA